UACGUCCUUACUUUGCCCUGUUCUCUUCCCUCUGUCUUUCACCUUCUUGCAGAGUCCAGAGUACUAGACUCUCAGCCCUGUCUAAUCGUCUCCGGCGAUCCACCGGCACCCUUUUCCGGCCUUUCUCCGACCAGACGCAUUUCAUAAACGUCUGCUUUUGGGGGGUUAAAGUUCUCACACACGAUCACCGCUUUGAAAACAGCAAAAUUCCGUGUGAACAUAGACGUUGAGAGAGAGAGAGAGAGGAAAAGUUAAAAAGAUUGAAACUUUCUUUUCGACUGUUGUGUUUUCAGUGAACCGCCACAAGCCCCCAAGCUAAUAAGGCGCUUUUGUGCCCUAGGCAAAGUAGUAAGAGAUUUUGUGCAGAGAUAGAGGAUUUUUCAGCCCGUUGAGUUUCAGAGUGAGCUCUGAAGAUUCUGAUCUUGCAUGGUUAGAAUUGGUGUGAGUGGAAGCAUUCAAACAAAAAAAUGAUGGAACACAAAAGGGGUCCCGUCUCUCUUGACCACAGUAGCAUGACGUCUUUGACACCUAAACGGCUCAAGGCCGAUAUGCCUAUUUCUUCCAAGGAAAAGAAAGAGAAGUUUGGUGAACGUAUUGCAGCUCUGCAGCAGCUUGUAUCACCAUUUGGAAAGACAGACACAGCCUCAGUUCUUCAUGAAGCAAUGGGGUACAUAAACUUCCUCCACGAACAAGUUAAGGUGUUGAGUGCUCCGUAUCUCCAUCCUACUCCCGUGUCUAAUACACAGGAACCGCACCCCUACAAUUUGAGAAGUAAGGGCUUAUGCCUCGUGCCCAUAUCAUACACCGAAGGAGUACCUAGUAGCAAUGGCGCAGAUAUCUGGGCCCCUGUUAAGACUCUCCCGAAGUUCUAGAACCUCGCUCUCGAGUCUGAUUCAAGAAUCAAGACGACCAAAUAAAUGCGGUGAAUGUGAUAGAUAGAUUGCAGACUGGGAUGGUAAAACCUCGUCCUCGGAUGCCAGAAGUUUGUUGUGAAUUCGGGUUCGAAUGUCUAACAGCAAAACCUGGAGGCUGAUUUAUUUUGGUAAAUCAUUUAGCUAGUUAUAGAUCCUAGUUCUUAAUUGUCCAGGUUUAACUGAAAUGUAUAUGCAUGAAUGAAGAGAUGUAUAAUUAAUGAUCUCUGUAGGAACUCACCCGCCAUCAAUGUUGUAUUCCAUAUAAUUAAGUUUCUGAGAAUGUGGAAAACCCUUCUCUUAUUCAAUAGAUCAGUUCUCAUCUGGCACCA